GAGCCACAACACAAAAACAUCUGUUCGGGUCUUUCAUAAUCCUGCCAAAAAGAAGAACUAGUCAAGAAACUGUUUCCUUUUUCACCCUUAGGAGACAAACUUCACACAAUGACGACGAAUUUUCAUUCAUCUGCUGCUGAAUUUGAAGCUGCGACUGAAUUAUCGUCUCAGACGAAGCGAUGGAAGAAGGACUGAAUUAUAAGACAGUGACUUUUAUCAAUAAUAAAGUUUCUGUAUAUGAGAUGCCAACUCACACAGAAGUAAUCUACGAUGAGGUGAAGACGGAGGAGCACGCGUGUGAUACCAAGCGCUCAGAGAGCCAAACUAAGGCUGCAGCCCGUCCUCAGCUCCACCUGGUGGCGGCAGGUUUGGGGGUCGCUUGCGUGCUUUUGCUCUGCACGGUCGUCGUCCUCUGGAUCAGCCUGAACACAGUCAUGUCAGAGGCAGAACGGGAAAACAUCAGCCUGCAGAGACAGAAAGAGGAGCUGACCAAGCAGAGGGACAGGCUCAACUGGACCUUUGAAGCGGUUCUGGAGCACAGGCAGUUUCCAGUGCAUAGCUACUGCCCCCAGAACGGAGCCUGUCAACCUUGUCUGGACCAGUGGAUUCAGUUCCAGUCGAACUGUUACCUGUUUUCAGGAGGCACGUAUUCAUCCAAAUGGAAAACCUGGGAGGAAAGUCAGAAUGAAUGCAAAACCUUCACAGCAAAUCUGCUGGUGAUUGACAGCCAGGACGAGCAGGAGUUUAUCAGUAAUCACACCAGACGGUACUGCGACGACAAGCACGGCUACUGGAUCGGUUUAAGGAACACGGGCCGGUGGAUGUGGUUGAACAAAUGGAACUUAACCGUGUCUUACUGGAGGACAACAGCGAGUAGCACUGUCUCAUGUGGUCUGAGCCUGCCUGAAGUUGAUCCUCUGGCCAACUGGCAGAACACGGGCUGCUACAUGAAGAACCGAUGGAUCUGUGAGAGAAGAGCCCUGAUUAGACCUAAUUAGACAGAACCGGGCCCGAUGAGCUCAUCGGACCCGGCACCGCCUGAGCGUGCUCUAAACCAAACCACCGACUAAAACAAUUCACAAUUAUCAUCCAUAGCUGGAAUUACUACGAACAUAGGAGUCAUAAAUGUUACAUUGUGGUGUUUGAGCAACAGAAUCAGGAUGUUAACACAGAUAAACAAUAAUUAAACAAUAUAUAAACGUGUGUAGACAAACACAUUUGUACAAAUGCAGGAAUGUGUAUAAAUGUGUUCAUGUGUAAAUUGAUUAAAAGUAUUUAUUACUUA